AUGGAAAAAUCAUUCAAAAGAAUUAAUACAAUUGGAAAUCAUAUUGUUGGUAGUUUUCAAACAGUAGGCAGUAAUAGUAAUAGUGCAAUUACAGCAGUAUCAAGUGGUAGUAGAAUGUAUAGUAAACAUCAACAAGAUAAAUCCAAAGAUUUUUUCAAACCAAGUGAAUCUGAUCUACAAAAACUUUACAAAUAUCAAGAAUCACAAGAGAAAUUAAAUAGUGUUGAACCAUUUCAUUUAACUAAAGUUGAAAAUAAAACUUUAGUUCUCACUUUAAACAGACCCAAAUCAUUAAAUGUUUUAAACACACAUUUAUUUGUAAAUUUAAAUAAAAAAUUCCAAUACUUUAGAGAUGAUCCAAAAUUAUCAUUAAUGAUUAUCAAAGGUAAUGGCAGAGCAUAUUGCGCUGGUGGUGAUAUUAAAGAAUUAUCAAUUCAAACCAGAGAUAUUGGAUUAUUAUUCCCAAGAUAUUUCUUUAGUAAAGAAUAUAAUUUAGAUUAUACAGCAGCAACAGUUAAUAAACCAAGAGUUGCAUUUUGGGAUGGUAUUGCUAUGGGUGGUGGUUUAGGUAUCUCAGUUCAUUCUCCAUAUAGAAUUGUUACUGAAAAAACAGUUUGGGCUAUGCCAGAAGUUUCCAUUGGAUUAUUCCCAGAUGUUGGAGCAAGUUAUUUUUUAAGUAGAUUAAAAAAAGAUGCAAUUGCCAAUUAUAUUGCAAUUACAGGUAAACAAUUAACAGGUGCAGAUUGUGUUGAGUUUGGUAUUGCAACUCAUUUUGUUAAAUCUGAAAAAUUACCAGAAUUAGAAAAGAAAUUAAUUGCAUUGGUUCACAGUCAAGAUGUUAAUGUUAUCGAGUCAGUUAUUAAUGAAUUUGCAAGUCCACCACCACCAUCACCAUUAUUACAAGAUUGGUCACUCAUUAGUCAAUGCUUCUCUAAUCGUUUCAAUUCGAUCGACGAAAUUAUGCAAGCACUCAUUGAUUCAAAAUCACAAUGGGGUAAAGAUAUCUACGAUCUUAUUAGAAAGAAAUCACCAACCAGUGUCAAGAUUGCUUUUAGACAAAUUAAAGAAGGUGCAGCAAAAUCAUUAGAGGAAUGUUUCUUUAUGGAAUUUAGAUUAGCCAUUCGUAGUCUUUCAAAUAACGAAUUUAUUGAAGGUGUUAGAUCAGUAGUUAUCGAUAAAGAUCAAAAACCAAAAUGGGAUCCACCAACAUUAGAAGAAACAUCUGAUGAAUAUAUUAAUCAUUAUUUCUCAAAAUUACCAAAAGAUCAAGAAUUCCCAAUUGGUGAUGAUAAAAUUUAUAUGCCAUAA